CGUUUACUCUUGUGUUUAGCUUUUGAAAAACAGGCUUUGCUUAUAGGCACGGCGCCGCCGACUUAGGCCGCUGGUUUAUUGCAGAGGCGCUGAAAAAUGGAGGCCAUCGCUCCUAAGCCGCAUAAGGAGCUCGUGAAGACGGUGCAGCUUGAGGGUCAGGUGCUGCUGAAGAUUAUCCAGCAUUGCACUGAGGCGCUGCCCCAGAACGUUACCGGCCAGCUGCUGGGCCUGGAUGUUGGUCAACAGCUGGAGGUGACGGACUGCUUCGCGUUCCCGGCUACCGUGGCGGACGAUGACUCCGAGGCAGAGUCGGCCGGCGCCAACUACCAGCUGGAGAUGAUGCGCUGCCUGCGUGAGGUGAACGUGGACAACAACACCGUCGGCUGGUACCAGUCGGCCAACAUGGGCACCUUCCAAACCGUGGAGCUCAUAGAGACGUUCAUCAACUACCACGAGAACAUCAAAAAGUGCGUGUGCAUCAUCUAUGACCCCCAGCGCUCAUCGCGCGGCAGCAUCGCGCUCAAGGCGAUCCGCCUCAAGGAGUCGUUCAUUGAGCUGAGCAAGGAGCAGAAGCUGACGCUCAAGGGCUUUCGCGAGGCCAACCUGUCGUGGCGUGAUAUCUUCGUGGAGCUGCCCAUCCGCAUCCGCAACAGCAACCUGGUGCAGGCGCUGGUGGCGGACCUGAUGCCCGCCCCCACCGCGACCCAGGCGGACGUGGAGCGACUCAACCUGUCCUCGGCCCCCUUCCUGGAGCGCAACAUCCAGUCGUUGCUGGAGUGCGUGGACGACAUUGUGGCGGAGCAGCAGAAGGUGACCAUGUACCACAAGAACGUGGCGCGCCAGCAGCAGGCGUACGCGGUGUGGCUGGCCAAGCGGCGGCAGGAGAACCAGCAGCGGCAGGCUGACAACCAGGAGCCGCUGCCGGAGGAGGACCCAAAUCUGUUCAAGCCCAUUCCCGAGCCAUCCAUGCUGGAUAACUACCUGGUGACCAACCAGAUCGCCACCUACUGCGACCAGGUCAACGUGGCGGCGGGCGAGACCAUUCAAAAGCUGUUCCUGAUGGAGGGCAUGCAGAAGGCGGGGUUGUAAGCUCGAGGACCUGCGAGCGGAAGAGCAGGCGCUUGCUGGGGCUGCGGGCUCGGCUGUACAGACCCAUGACCACGGGAUGCAGACACGGGAUGCAGGAGGAUGGCACCGCUUAUGAUGGGUGCUGUCGCAGAGGCUGUGCUUGCAGGGGCCAAACAUGAAGCGCGUAGUGUGUGCUGUGGGACUGUAGUGGUUUGAAGGCGGAAGGCGCUGUCUGGUGCAACUGCUCUACCGAGCACACCUACCAGUGGCAUUAGUUAUUAGGUGCUCAGUUUGAGGGACAAAGGGCGGGAUGGGAUUGGGUGGGGCGUUUGUGGUAUGGCCGCGUUGAAGCACACACAGCUUGCGCUGUUUUGAGCGCGCCAGCUAGCGGCGCAUAGGCAGACAUGACGAGUGCAGAGUGUUGUUGCUCUAAGAGGGUGGACGUAACCAGUACACGAUCAGACAUUGUAGGAGGACUGCAGGAGUGCAAGUUGUGAGGUGUCGCUGUGUGCAACCCGCGGCAAGGUCCGUGACGGUUGACUCUCCUCGCGAGGGCGAACAUGGGCGCACGUACAAGUAAGACAGCCCACAUUCCCUACGCGGCAGGCUCUGCCUUGUCGGUAUGUAAGCGUAACGGCAU